UAUGUUUGACGAGAAACAAGUGGCAUUAUUUAUUACCCAUUCCGAAACAACACGCAACAAAAACUAACAUUAAAAAGAAAAAAAACUCUUUAUCGAAAUUUGAAAUUAGAACCGUUACAACGUAAACACACAUCCCCAACGGCUACUUCUCCUUCCAUUCCAACCCAAACCCUUCCAUCUUCUCCCCUAAUCACUCAAAACUUCCGCACAUCUCUUUCACACCCACCACUGUUCCCUCCCAUAACUAUCCACUUUCAUCCAUUUGGGGUUUCGAUGGUGCAGGUUCAGAUCAUGCAAGAGGACAACUCCGAUCUCACCGCCCCUCCGCCGCCUCCUCCACCCCCCAACCAGCGGCGGCCGAGGGUCCGAGAGGUCAGCUCCCGGUUCAUGUCCCCCGCCGUGCAGCGCCGUCCCCGGAUGGAGCCCGAUCCCUGCGUCGACGAGAACUCCGAAACCCCAUUUCCAAUGGGAUGUUCUGUCUCUCAGAGAAAACAACCACAACGUUCCAUGAAGCUUUUCAAAGAGAACAACAACGGACACGAACAGGUUCCGCCACACCCUUCAAAAUCGUGUUCUGGCAGAAUCGGCAGCGGCAAUUCUACACCUUGUGUUCCUAGGCCUGGCACUCCCACUCCCUCGGUUUACGUGUCUUCAAGGUAUAGACUCUCACAACAACACCAUAGUAACCAUCACCAUCAUAGGUUUGCAAAUGGCAUGGCUUCAGCUGCUGAGAAAUUGAUGCAAGCCAGUGGGUUGAAUCAGGUCAAGCCUAAUGCUGCUUGCUCCAGUGAUGAUUCUGGGGUGAACUGCAGUGUUCAGUCACUUCCUGAAUUGGGGGAUAGGGAUUUGUUGCUUCAGUCCAAUUUAUCUGUGGGUGAGAUAAUUGGGGGUAGUAAUGGCGGGGAUUUGAAAUUUCGCCACCCUUCGCCAUUGUCCCGGUCGGUUAAUUUACCUUCUUCUGGAACUGAGAAGCAGCCUCCUUCUUCAGUCUCCAAGCAGCAUGGGAAUGGAAAUCAGUUAGCUAAGUCAGGGGGGCUUAGUUUGCCUCCUGUCCCGCCUCAGAGUUUAAAGCCAGCAGUGGAUGUGAGGAGAGGGAAGAAAGGGUCUGGUCAUCAGGAAGAUGUACAUUCCCUUAGAUUGUUAUAUAAUCGUUAUUUGCAAUGGAGAUUUGCCAAUGCAAAAGGGCACACCACUAUGAAGGCUCAGCAAGUAGAAAGCCAGAAAGCACUAUAUUCUCAAGCAAUGAAAAUAUCAGAAAUGCGUGAGUCUGUAAACAAGAAACGCAUAGAACUGGAUUUUUUGCGGAGAUCAAAGACUUUGACAAGUAUUAUUGAAGCUCAAAUUCCAUAUCUAGAUGAGUGGUCGACUAUGACGGAAGAAUAUUCAGUCUCGAUUACUGAAGCAAUUCAGGCUUUAGUGAAUACCUCAGUGCAACUUCCAGUUGGUGGGCAUGUUAGAGUUGAUGCAAGAGAGGUGGGGGAUGCUCUUAAUUCAGCAUUGAAGAUGUUGGAAACAAUGAUUUCCAACAUCCAAAGAUUCGUGCCCAAGGCAGAAGAACUAGAUAGUUCUAUUUCAGAAUUAGCCAGAAUUGCUGGAGGGGAAAGAGCACUUGUUGGAGAAUGUGGAGAUUUAUUGUCAAAGACAUACAAAUCACAGGUGGAGGAGUGCUGCUUAAGGAGUCAACAGAUCCAAAUGCAUUCAUUUUUCCUUGAGAAUAAGAACAAAAGAAUAACAACCAAGAACUGAUAACACAAUUGAAAGUUAGUUGUGGAAGUCCUACCCACAUCUAAUGUUGAUAGCUGAUGAAGGAGCAUCAACAGUACAAGACCUGCGGAUUCAUAUAUGUGUACACAUUCUUUUUCCAUUAGUUGAGAAAGGGGGAAGAAAGGAACAUGAUCAUACGUAAAAUUUGUUUUCUCAAGAAGUUCCACAACCAUUGUAUUCUUAUCAAUGUAAGUCUCAGGCUUUCAGCCUAGUCACCAUCUCUUCCCCAUUUCACACUCAUAGGAUGCCCCAAUAAUAGUAAUAGGACACUUUGUCCUUGAAUGAAUGGAAUGAAAUGUUUGCAGAGUGGUGUUAUUUCCUUUUUGCAGCUAAAACCACAUUCAUUCAUACACACAUGAUGUUGGAAACCUUGUACUAUAUAAUUAGUAUGAUGAUUACAAAACUGACAUUAAUUACAAGUUCUAA